UAUUAUUCACGAGCGGCAGCCUCGUGCGGAAGUUAAAAGAAAGGGUCUUUGCUUUAUUAAUUGAUUAAUCUAAUGUCGACCAUUGGUAUAGGCUGGAGUAAAAUCCAUACAGCCGCUUAGCGAUUGUUUUCCCUUGGGAUCCAACUAAAUCGGGACAAACAGGACUAAAUAUCGUCUGCUUGCAAAGUGCACAGUCGGGGCUUCAGAGAUUGGAAUUGUUUCUUCCAAAGUGAAGACAGUUUCCGGCCACAUUCGGAACCACGAAAAUAUGUGAGGUCGGAAUAUUUAAUAUACGUUUGUAUAUAACGAAGAUCAGCCAACCGAAACGGGUCGAUAAGUGCUGGUGUCAAUCAUUGCAAGUUUCUGCUCCAGUGGGAAUUACUAUUUUGAAUAAAACUGUGUAUUGGAUUUUAUUCCAUCGCUGCAAGUUAAGUUGGAGAAUGUGAGGCCUUGGGAUCCACUACUUUCAUUGUGCACAGGAGGCUCACGGAAUUAUACACUGUGUUUUAACUAAUGUAUUAUUUAUACUUGUUUCAUGUUCAGUCGACGUUGAAUAUUUAGAAUUAUCGGCUGUGUUUGAAUAUAACCCCUGUUGCCGCACUGCAAAGAGCUGAGCAUAAUGUGAAGAGAAGGAAUUUACGCUACUUUCCCAGGCAUUUACAACUGCGCAUGGAAAUGUAACUUUUUAUGCACUGAGAAGUUAAACGUUUUGUUUGCAAACAAAUUAACAAGGAUAUUUUAAAAACCAAGUUGGAUUGCAGUAAAUCAUGGAGCAAGAAGGUCCCUGGGAGUCUAUGAGAGCUGAACAAGAGAAUGGAGAGCUGCUCUCCGAAGACGAGAGAACGGAAGCAUCCAAAGAUCCGCGAGAAGAGGAGCAACAAGGCAACGUCAAAGAAGUCUGGAUUUCCAUGUCAGAUGGCUCUCGAAGUGAAAAGUGCAGCGACCGAUUCCUGCAUUGCCUAUCCCAAGUGCCAUGUGGAUCGCUGAUUGCAUGGAUUAUUCUGCUGGUUGGACUUGGUGGACUUACGGGUGGACUUUUGAUUGGUGCCCAGAAGACACGUGACAUGCUGGCUAAUGAUGAGUUCUUGUGGUUCAUCGAGUACACCCUUAUUGGUGUGGUGGUCAGUAUGUUUGUGAUCGGAACUCUCCUGCUUUGUGUCGGCCAUAUUUCCACCGAACCCACAAGCCGCCAUGUUUUCCAGAGUACCAAAAAGAACAUUUGUGCUCAAGGGCUCAAUAUAUUCCUGAUGAUAUUCUGUUACAUCCUGGGCUUUUCCUGGAUGGUGGCGUCGGUAGUCUUGGCCGUGCCCGUCUACCUCCUAUCCCUCCUCUACUUCGUAGAUUUCACAGUCAAGCAAGCCGACGGCAAACUCGACAAGUGCAUCAAUCUAGUCCAUUAUGGCUUGGAGAAACAAGAGUUUUGUGGCGCUGACUUUCAGAAUUUUGAAAGAGAGGGGAAACAACUAAUCGUCAGUUAUAUUGCAGCACUAGUGUCAUCUAUUUUGAUAGCCAUAAGCUUGAUCCACUUUAUGAUUGCCAUCAGCGCAAAUCUUGCCCACCUUCGAAAUUCUCGCAUUGCUACACUCAAUGCCUAUGAUGAUGACAUGGCCAACUCAAAGCUUGUCGCAGACACCACCAUGUAAGCAAAAGGCAAGCGUUUACAUGACUACAAACAAGGCAGCUGUGACAUCAUCAGGUGGAUGGUUAGAUAUAAGAACAUUUUGUUUACUGCUGAGGAAUUGCAAAAUGAGAUUAAAAAUCAACCCCAUGAUAUUAUAUGAUUUUCGAUUAUUAUCACUGUUAAACGGGGAUAAUAACAGCAAUAUUGCUUACGAAAAAAACUGAGAAACCAAGACACCUUGAUGCUAAAUGAAAUAGACACAGCCUUAAGAAGAACAGAGGAAAUUCGGGCAGCAGCAUGAUUUCCUCUUUUAUUUGUAUAUUUUUAAAACAUUCGCUUUAAAUGGAAAUGUGCAAUACAUAGUUUCAUAUAUAUUAUUAUAUAUCUAAGAAAAGUUAGAUUGUUGUUGUAUUUGCUUAGAAGAAUAUGUGUAAGUCAGUAUACAAUAUAGGAAAUGGCAUUACAUAAUUAGCUUUACAUUAAUACAUACCUUAGGUACAGAACUCAUGCAAAGGACGGAUUUUUCAGGGUUUAAAGAAGAAAAGCAAGGGGGCCAAUGAUAUUUUCAAAAAUUCCAUUGUGCACUUUGACCAGAAUUUGUUUCACCAAAUUAGCAUAUAUCUAGUUAUUGUAUGAAUUCCUUUUCCCUAGAGCUCUGCAAUACUCGUUUUACAUGUACGUGCAUACAUUUUUUUUUCGUUUUCCCCUUUUCUAAAGUUGACAAAGAGCAAUAACUCUAUACGUAAAACAUAAUAUAUUUUCAUAACUACGUACAACAUGUACAAUGUAAUAAUUAUUAAUAAAAUCAUAAGCAAGAACCUAUAAUAAUUGACAGACGUCCAACUCUACGGUAAAUAAU